CCAAAUCUCAUUCUCUGCAAAGAGAAUGAAAUGGGACUUAUUUUUUUUAUUAUUCUUUGUUCCAGCGUCUGCUGAAAAAGGGAAAAAGAAAAAAAGGUUAAUAGUUUGUGUGACAGGCGGAACAAUCUUCGACACGGCGCCACACAAAACAAUAGAAAUUGCUGAUUCGACUGGUUUUUUUUUUUUUUGUCACGCGUUCGCUCACCAUAGAUCACAAUAACAAUGGCCGACGCUUCAGUGGAAAAACAAGAGCUCGAACAAGUGCAAACUACCAAUGACGAUCAACAGGUUGAACAGGUUCAAGCUGCAGAAGAUCAAGAAAGUCAGCCUUUGGAAGAGACCGUAGAAAGUAAAGUGCUUGAACAAUUGGAAGCAAUCUACAGCAAGGAAAAUCUUGAAAAGGAUAAGUUUUUCAAGGAAAUGACCGAACAACAUCCCGAAGGCUGGCUCGCGUUGAAGAAACUGGGAAUGAUCAAGCGAUUCAAGUUGUUGAUCAACGGCGAUCUUGCGAUCCUUGCACGCGCUGCCGAGUUGUCCGAUAAAUUUGAAACGAACGAAGACAAGACGAUGCUUCGCAAAGUGCCUGGGACCGAAGAACCAGAGGAGACAGCUGACGCGCCCAGCGCUGCCGAAGGUAUCAUGUUGGAUUAUAUGAUUGUUCAGAACCGUCGAUCGAUCUAUGCGAAAGGCUUCCCUGCUGAAGCUAAAGUGCUCAAGGAGACCGUGCGUGCUCUAUUCGAACCCUUUGGUCGUGUUCUCAGCGUGAAAUUGAGAUUGGACGAAGAAAAAAAAUUCAAGGGCAGUGUUUUUGUUGAAUUUGAAAAGAGCGAAAGUGCUGCUGAGGCCGUCGCCAAGCCAGUUGAAUAUGAAGGCACCCCCCUGCAAACAAUGAUCAAGCAAGACUAUGUUGACAUGAAGUCGCGAGAAAAGUUUGGCAAUACCGCAUUUACCUUUAAAACUCGCGAACCCAGUUUCUUUGUCGAAUUUUCUGGAGCUGGAGAGAUGAAUAUCAAGGAGAUCAAGGAACUUAUCACUCCUGUCACCGAUAUGUGCAGAAUUGAGCUCUUUGAGGAGAAGCCCGGUUGCGGUGUUGUGCGAAUGAGCAAAUUCACCCCGGAAAAUUUCCUUGCUUCCCUGGAAGACAACAAAAUUGGACCCUUGACGUUCAGACUCGCAGACGAGGAAGCGCGUAGUAAAUUUUUGGAUAUCCAGAAAGCCUUUGAGGACAAACGACGCGGUCGUGGCGGUCGCGGUGGUCGAGGAGGCCGUGGAGGCCGUGGCGGUCGUGGCCGUGGUGGUCGCGGCGGACGCGGUGGUCAUUUCAAGGGUGGUGACAAGAGAAAGCGUACCGAGGAAGGUGACGAUUCUGCCGACAAGAAACCCAAAACUUCGGGCACCGAAAAUGAGGCUUAAACCUGGACACCUAGAAAAAAAA